UUAUAAAGGAGGAGUUUUCAGCAGAGGAGCUCUUAUACCUCCUCUGGCAGAGACUCUGUGAUCCCGGACUAGAGAAACCGAGAUUGACAAAAAGCUGGCAACAUGGCGUUGACGGGCUGCACGCAAUGCAUUAAAUAUAUGUUAUUCUUCUUUAAUUUUAUUUUCUGGCUGGCUGGAGGGGUGAUUUUAGGAGUGGCCUUGUGGCUCCGUCAUGACAGUCAAACGAGCAACCUCCUCAUUCUUCAGUUUGAAGGCAACCAAGCACCGGGCACCUUCUACAUCAGUGUCUACAUACUGAUAGCUGUUGGAGCUGUGAUGAUGCUGGUGGGCUUCCUCGGCUGUUACGGAGCCAUUCAGGAAUCCCAAUGCCUGUUGGGGACGUUCUUCUUCUUUUUGGUAAUCCUCUUUGCCUGUGAAGUGGCUGCUGCCAUCUGGGGUUUCAUGAACAGAGACACGAUCUCCAAAGAACUGAUCAACUUCUACGACUCAGCGUACAUCAAGGCCGUGGAUGUGUCAGGCUCCCCCAGUAAAGAUGCUGCCAUCAAGGUGCUAGAUGUUUUUCACACCACGCUCGACUGCUGUGGCAAAGGGGAUGACACGGCGCUCUUCAAACAAGUUGCCAGCACUUUGUGUCCCAGAAAGUCACCGGAGGAUUUCCUGAGGUCUCAGAGCUGUCACGACAAACUGAUUGAGCUCUUUUCAGAGAAGCUCUACCUGAUUGGCCUGGCUGCACUAGUGGUAGCCGUCAUCAUGAUCUUUGAGAUGAUCUUCACCAUGGUGCUCUGCUGUGGGAUCCGUAACAGCGCAGCAGCCUACUGAGCCCGCACAGUGACGAGCACCAUGACUCUUUAAUGGACUUAUUUGGUAUUUUAAUGCAGUAGCGCCUCUUUUCUUAUCAUUAAAACACAGCAUGGUGUAUUUUUUUAAUCGACUUCGGAUACAAUAUGUGGUUUUUUUGUAUGCUAUCUGUCAUCAGCCCAGCUUCUUUAUUGAGAAUAUUGUCUAUUUAUCAUAGGACACAACAACCUUCUACUAGUCAUAGUACUAGUUCUGAAUUAACUAAUGCUGUUUUUAUGGAUGUAUAAAUUGUACAUACGCACGUCUCAUGUUAAUAACAAGGAGAGUUCAUGUUUGUUUGUAUGUGAUAUGUCUCCCUGCUGAGUACUAGUGUUAUAUCACUCAACCAGCAGGGUUCCAACCUGUAGUCAUAUCCUCUUAUUAUCACUACUUUGUGUGUUUGUAGUCAGCUGUCUUUAAUAAACCAUCUUCAUGCUGUA